AUAACGGACGCAUAGAAUCGAAAUGGUAGGAAAUUAAUACACAAUGAAUGAUCAAAAAAAAACAGACCAUUUGAAGGAUUAACAAAAGAGAGACUGUGAGGGAAGAAUAAGUAGCAAGAAUAUCUGUGUUGCUUUGAGAAUGCUAAAAAGAUGGAUAGACUGAGGGCGUGAUCAUGUGUUUUUAAUGCAGCAUCUCUAAACCAGUAAAGCAGAAGCUGAAUGGUUUAAAAGCAGCCGAUGCAGCCAGUAAGGUUAGGCGAGUAGGAGAGAGAGGGGUAUACAUAUAUGCAGUGUGUGUUAAUGUCACUGUGUCUGUAGGUUGUGCAAACAUUUAGAGACCCGCAGUUUCAGCACAGAGGAAGCAACCCAAAAGAAAAAGGGAGCUGGAGGAUAGUAAAAAGUGAGCAAAGCGUUUUUUUAUGCAGCAUCCUUGAAAACAGCUAUAUUCUCAUGUGAUUGUGGAGAACUGAAAUGAAUCAUCCAGAUAUGAACGACCAGUCAGAAUAUCAGCGGCUGUCAAGCGAGGAAGAGGAGAAGCUCAGUGGGAGCAUGCAGUCAGAUGAGGGAACAGAGUGGCUUCUUGAACUCCUCACUGAGGUACAGUUGCAGCAGUAUUUCCUCCGCAUUCGUGAUGAUCUCAAUGUUACCCGGCUCUCUCACUUUGAUUAUGUGAAAAAUGAGGAUCUUGAAAAAAUAGGAAUGGGCCGACCUGGCCAGCGGAGGUUAUGGGAAGCUGUAAAACGAAGGAGAGCUGUAUGCAAGCGUAAAUCAUGGAUGAGCAAGGUGUUCAGUGGAAAACGUCCAGAAUCUGAAUUCCAGCCUCAGGCAGGAGCAACGUUUCGCAAGCUACCGACUCCUCCACCAUCAACUGAAGGAAAUCAGACACUGACAUGUUUGAUCACUGAAAAGGAUCUAACCCUUCAUGAGAAAUUAGGUGAUGGGUCCUUUGGAGUUGUGAGGCGAGGUGAAUGGCAGUCGCCUUCUGGAAAAAUUAUAAGUGUGGCUGUGAAGUGCUUGAAAACUGAUGUAUUAAACCAACCUGAAGCUCUUGAUGAUUUUAUACGGGAAGUCAAUGCUAUGCAUUCUCUUGACCAUCUCAACCUGAUUCGCUUAUAUGGUGUUGUACUAACCCAUCCUAUGAAAAUGGUCACUGAACUGGCUCCACUUGGUUCACUAUUGGAUCGUUUGAGGAAAAACCAAAGUUACUUUCUCAUUUCUACAUUAUGCCAGUAUGCAAUACAGAUAGCAAAUGGUAUGGCUUACCUUGAGUCCAAGCGCUUUAUUCACCGUGACCUGGCAGCUAGAAAUAUCUUGCUGGCCUCAAAUGAGUUAGUGAAAAUUGGAGAUUUUGGACUCAUGAGAGCUCUUCCACAGAAUGAUGAUCAUUAUGUCAUGCAGGAACAUCGCAAGGUCCCCUUUGCUUGGUGUGCCCCUGAAAGUCUGAAGACUCGAACAUUUUCACAUGCCAGUGAUACCUGGAUGUUUGGUGUCACUCUGUGGGAGAUGUAUACCUAUGGCCAGGAACCUUGGAUAGGCCUCAAUGGAAGUCAGAUCUUGCACAAGAUUGAUAAGGAGGGUGAGAGAUUGCAAAGGCCUGAAGAUUGUCCUCAGGAUAUUUACAAUGUGCUGCUGCAAUGCUGGGCACAUAAACCUGAAGAUCGACCCACAUUCAUGGCACUUCGAGACUUUCUGAUUGAGGCCCAGCCCACAGACAUGCGAGCACUGCAAGACUUCAGUGAAGUGGAUAAACUGCAGAUUCAGAUGAAUGACGUUAUCACAGUCAUUGAGGGCAGGGCUGAAAAUUAUUGGUGGAGAGGUCAGAACAAGCGCACACUGAAGGUGGGACAGUUCCCACGAAACACAGUGACAUCCGUCGCAGGCCUUUCAGCCCAUGACAUCAGCCAUCCGCUCAAGAACAGCUUUAUUCAUACGGGGCAUGGAGACACCAAACUUGAGCACUGCUGGGGCUUUCCUGACAAAAUAGAUGAAUUGUACCUUGGUAAUCCCAUGGAUCCUCCAGAUAUCCUUGGACUUGACAUAAAACCAACCAGGCCGACCCAACUACCAGGAAGAUCUAAAAAGGAGCCUCCUCCACGUCCUCCUCAACCGAACAUCUUUGGCAAGAGUAAGUUACGACGUUUUCUCCAGUAUAAAAGGUGUUCCUGCCCACUCUGUUCCAUUUUAGCCCCCAUUUUCAAAGAGCCUGUAUAUGACCCUGUGAUUGAAGAGGAAGCUGCUGUCUCAUUACCUCCAAAAAAGCUUAGUCUGAAGAAACAGGGCCCAAUGAAAACCUUAAAGCUCAAUAAGCCAGCUGCUCGUGUUUUUGCCACAAAGUUGGGGGAGAGGUCAUCAGAUGGGAGUAAAUCCUCUUGUCAUAUAGCUAAUGAGGUGGCUCUGAUUGACUUUGGAGAUGAACAGACAAGCCCAACUCCAUCUCCUGUACUGGGCAACACUAUUCCUACACUGGCCAAGCUAGUAUUGGAUUCUUAUUCACUGCUGGACAAGACACCACCACUGAGUCCAACCAGGACUUUGCCUAGACCUUUGCACCCUGUCCCUAUUGUUGACUGGGAUUCCAAACCCCUGCCUCCACCUCCAGCCUAUGAUGAUGUUGCUCAGGAUGAAGAUGAUUUUGAAGUUUCAUCCAUUAAUAAUCUAGAUACAGGAUUAAUUGGUGAAGUAUCAAAAUAUGGAACUGUUCAGGUACCAAGGCAUAAAGAAGUGGGGGAAACUAAUUAUGCAUUUGUGCAUGACACAGAUGGCAAAGGAAAGCUCAAAGUGGAGGAUAAUUUAUUUUUACCACCCAGGCACACAAAACAGACCAGCUUCUCUCAGUCAGCUGAGAUAUUUGAGGAACUUCAACAAGAAUGCAUGAGAAAACUUAAUGUCCCUGUCAUUUCAACACCAGUCUCUACACCAAGUCCCAUCUUGUCAGCAAGCGUGUCCCCAACUAUUUCUGAUGAUAGACCUCAGAUUCCACCACGGAUUCCCAUUCCCCCUCGGCCUUUGAGGAAAAAUGAGCUAGGCCACUGGUCUGGUGAGUUGUCACCUGCAUCUGGAGGUGAAGAGGACAAGCCUCCACAAAUUCCUCCCAGGGAUCCAAUGUCCCAGCCAUCUUCAAGAACUCCAAGUCCUAAGGCAAUUCCUGUUGGUUUUCCCCAACGGCCAACAGCAUCUUCAAUGACAACAUUAACUGUCGGUGCAUACCUUUCAACAUCUCCGAGCAAGUUAAUGCCCACCACUCAGAGUUUCGCCUCUGACCCAAAAUAUGCCUCACCCAAAGUCAUUCAAGCACCAGGAAAGGACAACACAAAAGGACCUUGCAUCCUGCCAAUAGUGAAAGAUGGAAAGAAGGUUAGCAGCACCCAUUAUUAUUUGCUUCCAGAGAGACCUUCUUAUCUGGACAAAUAUGAAAAAUUUUUCAAAGAGGCUGAGAGUAUGGAUGAACACUGCUCCAGAAAACCUGUUACCACAGCAACAGUGAGGCCAAUGAUGCAACAUCCUGAGCAUAAAACCAAUUUUUCAUCCAACAAUAGUAAUCCUGGGUCCUUUGUUGCAACAAUGAAAAGUUCCCAUAGUCUGCAAAAAAUGUCUUAUGAGAUUUCAAGUGGCAAGACAGACAGUAUUACACCUUCGGACAAAAUUAAAAUAGUUCAGGAGAAUGUUCAUGGCGUUACGAUGGAGGAAUGUCAGACUGCGCUUCAGAACCACAACUGGAACGUUCAAAAAGCCAUACAGUACCUCAAGGUAACCGUGAGCUCGGAUCCAAUCUUAACCUAAUUGCACCAACUCUAAAUGAGAACAGUGUUGUGCUGGCUAUGAUAAAUAAAGGCAGUGCUAGCUGUUAAUUGUUAAAAGUUACUGCACUGAAAGCCCAUUACCUGAAGGAUUUUGGCAAGUCGUUCCACCUUGCAUAGUUCUCAUUGGGUUGAGUGGUGAUCCAAUUCCUUCCUAUCUCUGCAAGUCAGUCCAUGCACCUGUACUGUUAGCAAGUUAAGUGUUUAAUGGACCUGAACUCUUUAAUGGCAUUGAGACCCCAGAGAAAACAUGGUACUCCCCUAAAUGUAGAUAGUCUUACAUUCAGUUGUUGCGUAGUGGCAGGUUCCAGCAGUCUUCUUUCUCACUGAGAGGAUAAGAAUUCAUCCUCUUGGAUACAGAAUCUAACUCAGCUUUAACAAAGUAUGCAAGUAGGAUAUUGUAAAUUGAAAC